AUGAUUACUGAUGCAUCUGCAGUUGCAUCUUUUAUUACUGCAUGGGCAAGUUCAAGCCAAGCAGAGGUGCCCAAUGAAACCAUUCAUCAACCAAAUUUCGAUUUGGGUUCUCUCUUUUCACCAAUUACUGGUCAAGAUAUUUCUCUAGUCCUCUGCAACCUAGAAAUGAAUGUUGUCAUGAGGAGGUUUGUGUUUAACGCUGCAGCAACAAAAAAGUUGAAAGCUAAUACUAAAGCAAUAGCUCAGAUCCAAACUAAUGGUAUGGAAUGUCAACCAAACGCGUGUGGAGGUGGUGACAGCAGUGAUAUGGAAGGCCCUUAUAAGUGCAGCUCGAGCAAAACAUUGACGCUUGAGGGAUUCAUUGCUCAUCCAAUUUGUGAACAUGAGGGGGAAAACAGUCCCACCAUUGCCAAAGAUUUCAUUGGGAAACUUUGUUUUGGAUGCCAUUGCUCAAUCCUCAGCAGGUGA